GCCGGCCCGUCCCCACGGCAACAGCCCCUUCCGCAGCGCGCUCAUUGGCUGGCCGAGAGAAUGUAUCCAUUGAGACGCUGGCUGUUUGUAUCCAUUGAGGAGCUGCCUCGCUCAGGGGGUGUGCUCUCGCGGAGUCCUAGGGACUGGGAGCUAACCGAGUCUUUAAUCCAACCCGGCUGGAUCUGAGGUGCAGCCUUAGAGGGAAGGAUUAGGAGCCGCUAGACUUUUUUUUUUCUUUUCUUUUUCCCCUUCCAGUGGCACGGAGUCCGAAUUAAUUGGUUUUCAUUCACUGGGGAGGAACAAAACUGGGUAUCUUCAUUCAGAGAGAUUCGCUGACUCCAAGAGCGAUCCCUGCAGCCCGGCGCAGAGGGACCACCGGCUUGCCUCCUGUAUCGCUUUCCCUAACCGGUAGCCUCGGCUUGGGAAAGGCAAGGCAGAAUCGAACCCCACUCCGAGAGCGGCAGCUUCGCGCGGCGUGCUCGGCCUAUGCCUGCCUCGAGGGGCGUCUGCUAGGCACCCCGCCUUCUCCUGCAGCUCGACCCCCAUGAUAGAUACGCUCAGACCCGUGCCCUUCGCGUCGGAAAUGGCGAUCAGCAAGACAGUGGCGUGGCUCAACGAGCAGCUGGAGCUGGGCAACGAACGGCUGCUGCUGAUGGACUGCCGACCACAGGAGCUGUAUGAAUCGUCGCACAUCGAAUCGGCCAUCAACGUGGCCAUCCCGGGCAUCAUGUUGCGGCGUCUGCAGAAGGGCAACCUGCCGGUGCGCGCGCUAUUCACGCGCUGCGAGGACCGGGACCGCUUUACCAGGCGCUGCGGCACUGACACCGUAGUGCUCUACGACGAGAACAGCAGCGACUGGAAUGAGAACACAGGUGGAGAGUCGGUCCUCGGGCUGCUGCUCAAGAAACUCAAAGACGAGGGCUGCCGGGCGUUCUACCUGGAAGGUGGCUUCAGUAAGUUCCAGGCUGAGUUCUCUCUGCACUGCGAGACCAAUCUAGACGGCUCGUGCAGCAGCAGCUCCCCGCCCUUGCCAGUGCUGGGGCUCGGGGGCCUGCGGAUCAGCUCCGACUCUUCCUCGGACAUUGAGUCUGACCUUGACCGAGACCCCAAUAGUGCAACGGACUCCGACGGCAGCCCGCUGUCCAACAGCCAGCCUUCCUUCCCCGUGGAGAUUUUGCCCUUCCUUUACCUGGGCUGUGCCAAGGACUCUACCAAUUUGGACGUGUUGGAGGAGUUUGGCAUCAAGUAUAUCUUGAAUGUCACCCCCAAUUUGCCCAACCUCUUUGAGAAUGCAGGGGAGUUCAAAUACAAGCAAAUCCCCAUCUCGGAUCACUGGAGCCAAAACCUGUCCCAGUUUUUCCCUGAGGCCAUUUCUUUCAUAGAUGAAGCCCGAGGCAAAAACUGCGGUGUCCUAGUGCAUUGCCUGGCAGGCAUCAGCCGCUCCGUCACCGUGACCGUUGCUUACCUUAUGCAGAAGCUCAACCUGUCCAUGAACGAUGCUUAUGACAUAGUCAAGAUGAAGAAAUCCAAUAUCUCCCCGAACUUCAAUUUCAUGGGCCAACUGCUUGACUUUGAAAGGACCCUGGGACUCAGCAGCCCCUGUGACAACCGGGUCCCGGCUCAGCAGCUAUACUUCACCGCUCCUGCCAACCAGAAUGUCUACCAGGUGGACUCCCUGCAAUCUACGUGAAAGGCACCCACCUUGCCUAGCUGGGAGUGUCCCAUUCCUUCAGCAGUUUCUCUUGGGCAGCAGCGAGCAGGCUGCUUUCUUUGUGUGUGGCCCCAGGUGUCAAAAUGUCACCAGCUGUCUGUAUUAGACAAGGUUGCCAAGUGCAAAAUUGGUUAUUACAGAGGGAGAGGUUUGCUCCAUUCUUUCUUUUGGAAGGACAGGACAUGCUGUCUGGAUCCAGGCAAUAGGUUUGCUCCUCUACCCCCAGCCUACCCAAGCAGGGACUGGACAUCCAUCCAGAUGAUAGGAGGGUAGGACCAAGAAGUAGGGUAGGGGCAUGUGUUCUUUAGGGCCUUGUAUGACUGUUUCCUGUUGCAUCUGGAACUAACUCUAUAUUGUCUUCAGUGAAGACCGAUUCAACUUUGCGUACAGUGGAGCCAAAGAGAUUUUAGCUCUGUAUUUGUGGUAUCGGUUUGGAAGAUUAAAAACAAAACUGAUACUCUUCUUUGAUUAUUGUAAAUAUUUGAUCUUAAAUCACUUGACAGUGUUUGUUUGACUUGUGUUUGUUUGUUUUUUUUUAUCUUUGAUGGGUUUAAAAGAAGUCCAAAGGGGGAGAAAGAGCAGUGUGUGCCACUUCUUAAAAUGAAAAGAAAAUAAGGAAAAUUUUGCUCUUUUCUAAUCCAAAAAGUAUAUUUGCAGCAUGCUUGACCUUAUUGUACCAAUUCUAAAGAUGCUGUCACAGAUACUAUCGCUGAGACUUCGUUAUGGUGCAGUCUUGAGUCUUUCAUAUCUCUUCAUUGUGUGUUUUUUUUCCUUUAUGUACUUUGACUCUGCCUUACCUUUGUAAAUAUUUGGCUUAUAUUGUCUCAAAGUGGGUAUCUUGGAAAGACACCAAAAUUGUGGGUUCACUUUUUUUCCUUUUUUCCUUUUCCUUUUUCUUCUUUUUUUUUACUUCAGCUGUGCUAAACAGUAUAUUACCUCUGUACAAAAUUCUUCAGGGAGCGUCACCUCAAAUGCCAUACUUAUAGUUGGUUUCUUUCCUUUUAGAAAAAAACAUUAUAUGAUAAACUGGAAGUGUGUGUCUGUGUGCGUGUGAGCAUGGGUACCCAUUUGACAGGUGGGAUGCAGCGGGUUGUGGAGGCGGGAGGAUGAAGUUGCUCCGUGAUGUUCACAGUGUAAAGUUUUCAGCUGGAAUUUAUUAUAAGAAUGUAAAAAACCUUAAAUUAUUAAUAAAUAACUAUUU